UGUUCAGUGCGCACCGCCCCGACAGCGCUCUCACUCGUAGUUCUACUUCGGCGAUUGUUCAGUGCAGUGCGUCGCGCCUGCGGAGUUUUUUUCGUAAGCGAUCCUCCGCAGCUUGAGAGUUUUGGCUUCGCCGUGCCUGGUCUAGUUCUUUGCAGUCCGAGGCAGCGGCGCUUCUACGGCGAGGGAAGAUGGUGCUGGCCGAUCGCAACGACGACUCUCGCAUCGGCCGCCGGUCGCACACCUCCAGUCCGAACGGGCACCUCACCGACGAAGGCAGCGCUACCGACGAGUCCGAACAAGACCAUGGCAUGCGUGUGGGCCACGAUUUUCAGGCAGUCAUUCCGGACAUCAUUUCAGCAACGGAUCCUUGCCCAGAGUUCACUCCUGAACGGGCUCUGCUGGUGUGGUCACCAUGCCCCGACAUCUCGGACAGCAAGUUGGAUGAGUACAUGACACACGCCAAGGAGAAGUACAGCUACAAUGCCGAACAGGCGCUGGGCAUGCUGUUCUGGCACAAGUAUGACCUUGAGAAGGCGGUGGCUGACCUUGCGAACUUCACGCCCUUCCCGGACGAGUGGACAGUCGAGGACAAGGUGCUCUUCGAGCAGGCCUUCCAAUUCCAUGGCAAGAAUUUCCACAAGAUACGGCAGAUGCUGCCCGACAAGACAAUCCCGAGCCUGGUGAAGUACUACUACUCGUGGAAGAAGACACGCACGCGCACCAGCCUGAUGGACCGGCAAGCGCGCCGGCUGGCCGGAUCUCGCGAGGAUGGCAGCGAUGGAGCUUCAGAGGCUGGCUCCGAAAACGACAGUGACAUGGAAGUGGACAAUAAGGAAGAGGCCGGCGCAGGGUGUCCUUGUUCCAGCUGUGGAGCCCCCAUGACCCAGGCCUACACUUCCAGCAAGGGCAGCCUGUGUGCCAGCUGCUACCAACACUGGAAGCGUUCGGGUGGCUGCAAGGGAGCCCUAGCCCCCGGGGGCCGCAAGCACCACGACCGUCAGCCGCCUAUUCGGGGGGGCGGAGGGGCGGCCAACCGGAGGCGCCCGCCCCGAGGCAUGCGCCUUGAGUACCAGGACCUGGUUGCCAUGGCGACAGGACCCCCGGGACAAGGAGACGCCAUCCUGCGAGCCAUGGACUCUGAGCUGGUGGCUCUCAAGCGCCAGGUGCAGAACAACAAGCAGAUGAUCAGCCAGCUGCGCCACAAGACAGCUAUGGACAUCGAAAACCUGCGGCCUCUUGAGGCCAAUGCCAGAGUGAAUGCCCGCUGGACCAAUGAUGAGCUGCUCAUCGCCGUACAAGGCAUCCGCAAGUAUGGUCGGGACUUCAAGACCAUUGCCGAGGUGAUUGGCAAUAAGACAGAGGCGCACGUGCGCAGCUUCUUUGUCAACUACCGUCGGCGGUACAACCUGGAUGCUGUGCUCCAGGAGUUCGAGGCCGAGCAUGGCAUCACUCCAGGAAGUGACGACACCAAGCCUGCAGGUGAGACCGACCAGGCUGCAGCGAUGAAGGAAGCCAGUGGGCCCAACAGCCGGCCUGGGUCUCCGUGCGCCGUUACAGCAAUGACUGGUGCAGCCGUGCUCGCCAAUGGCAGUGGAGGGGGCCCUGUUGGGGCUGGCAACCCUCCUCCGCUUCUGCGACCACCACCCGGUUCUCCAUCGUCCCAGCCACUGACUGUCCUUAAGGGACCCACCCAGCUUGCACAGGCUGCUCCCAGGCAGUCUGGCAAUUGGUCAAUCCUACAGCAGCCACCGCCGCUGAUCCGACCGACUGCGACCUCUACGACCACCACCAUGCACACUAAGCCCGCCCAGAUGCACAACGUCCUCUGAAGCUGUCGCUUGCAGCCUUGGGAGCACAACCGCUACUGUGUACAGUGUGUGGGCAUUUUUUCAACUGGCUGUGGAGGCAUGACUGAUUCGCUGAUUGCCACUUCUCCUCGUUGAAGCUUAGUGUUAAUCAACAUAGACGAGUGCUUGCCAUCUUGCAUGUUCUUUCCGCGGAGCAGUGAUGUGGUGGGCCGAAGUGACAUUUACCGAUGCUCUGGGCUGUGCUCUCUGCACAGCAGUUUGUUCUAAGGAGUGCCAAGGCCUCACUCUUCGUAUGCCAUUUGGAUGAAGCCUCCAUUUGGCUGUGCCUCCCCUCACCGAGGGACUCUAAUGCUUCGAUUAGCUGACACACUUCGACUAUGGCACUUCGUGCACAACUCAACUUUCUCUGGGCAGCCCUGGUGUUGUGUAGGCUUUUGUGGCUAUGAGGGUCCCACCUGUGGACAGUGAAACUUCUGUCAAGUGAUUUUUUUUUACUUGCCUCACUACAUCAUGCAAGUUGCUGCGGUUGAAUUACCCGGUAGUAAAAAAGUGUGAGUGGAACAUGUGCAGCCCUCAAAGUGGACUGUGUUAGUGUUGCCAAUUUGGUCGGUACAUCUUAGCGUUGUGCCGGCACUUAACAACUUGGCAGUGUCUGUACCACUCGGCUGUUUUUGUGUGGUGAGUGUUUUGAGCACAGGAGUGUUAGAUACUGGCUGAGUUAUCAACUUUCGUGAUGGGCAAACGGUGUCUGCACCAUGCAUCAGUCGCCCGUGGCUGUGCUGCACACAGUAUUUUUGUCACUCUGUUAAGCCACUGCUACGAAAUGAGCCUGUGAGCACUGCUCAACUGUAAGGCUGAGAUCAAGGCACUCAUUCACCAAGUCUUGAGGGCAUUGACUUUUUUGGGUGCUUCUCAAAAAGCGCGUUACGCACACUGCAUGCUUUCACCAACCUCAGUUUGCAGCACUGUUAUGUUUAGACUGGUCGAUGCUUUGAACUGGGACAAUACAUGCGCUCCUUUAGAAAACAUGUGCCAUGUACAGGACGACUUCUAUCAUUUUUUAAUACAGGCUAGUUAGCUGAUGAUAGCUCACUAAAGUCCUGUAGUUCUGAAUAGAUUAAAGAGCUCAAAAUAGUCUCAACAAUGCAAUUUGUGUCUCGCGCGAGAGCCGUGUUGUACAAACACUGAUACUUGCCCUAUUGUUGGGACACUACAAUGAAUGGUUGUGUGUGACCAUGCCAAGUGUCCGAGCAUAUAUAUCACAAGUGAGACAGUAUCGUAGUAGUAAUAGUAUAAUAUAUGACAGCUUCUCCCUAUAAAUACGUGUGUUCAUCUUCUUUCGCAAAUGCUUGGUUAAUCUUUUCUAAGGCUUGGUGAAAUACCGAAAUGGCUUAGUUUCAAGUGUGUUGAGUUGGCUUUUGCAGUACUGCACAAGCAAACUGCUAAGCCUAUUCUCAGCAGAUAAGGUGUGUGGCACCAUAUGAAACUUCAAAUCCUUCAAUGAAUUUCAUCUUGGUGGUUCAUUAUGAUAGCCCAUUCUGUGAACACAUUUCGACCUAACCAAAAAACUGGUGUCCCUUGUUGAACAGGUAUGCACUAUCACGUAAGUUUUCACUGCGAAGACUAGCAUCGACCAAUGAGUAAGUAACUGUUCGUCUUCUUGAGCUGCUGUUCAUUCAGUGUCGUGUGCACUGACGGACCACUCUGUGCUUGGACAGCACUUCUUAGUCAACACUGAGGUGCUGCUAAAUGUGCACUCAACUUUAGUGCACUUGAAUGGAUUCCAUGUGCAACACUUCGGGGGAUCUCGAGCGAGUGCUUGCCAGUGAAGAGGGCUGUGCAUAGCAUCCUACUGAGGCACACAGAAAAAAAUUUGUAUACCUGCGUUCUCUGUCAGUAGUACGGUACGGCACUUAGUCGUGCACGUGAAGAGUAGGUGCUAUGGCACUCAACGUUUGAGAGUAAGGUCCUGAAAACUUGCAAGCGCCUGCAUGUGGAGAGAUGUCUAUGCACAUGCAACCGUGAAAAAGGAAUCAACCUUGUCUCUCCGCGUGGCUUGGAUCUUAGUAGCCAAACAAUUCUGAGUGCAUUCAUGCAAAAGUCUUAUCUUCUGAUUUGGUCACUAAUGUAUUCAAGGCCAACCCUUGUCCAUCUUGAUAGUGUGUGAUGUUAAACCUCUUCUGCACUGAUCUUGUGGAAAUUGUUUGUUUUCUUGUAUCUUCUUGCAGUAGAUUUAUGGCUCCCGUGUUUCCUAUUCAGUGUUUAUUUGCUCCUUUCUGCCAGUGAAAAAUAUUUGUUACAUGAAUUUCGAGCAGCAAGUUUUUUCGUUCUUUUGGUGGAAAACUUAGUUGCUAAUGAGGGCAGUUGCUGUGUACAAUGUACAUGCCUGCAUCCCUUUUUUUCUUUGCUGACCCAUCAAGUUCGAACUUGCUUCGACUGAGUACCUGUGGCCACACGAGCUUGCGGCUACUGCAUGAAGUUGUGUGAUCAUCAAUUAUGUAUGUAUAAAGUUUUCUCGUAAUUGUGCAUGACUGUUAAUUGUUCUUUUGCAAGUUUUUUUAAAUCCACUAGUAACAGAGUUCAUUACAUUUUGAGAAUAGGCACCAUUACAUGUGACUUGUGUUGGUUUUAGCGGUUGCCCCUUUUGCACUGUGAGAUGGUGUAGAUUCAGGAGUUUCUCCCUAGGGGACUGUGUUUAUAUUGCACAAGGGAAAAGUUUAUUGCUAUGAGAGAAACAAAAGUUUGGUGCAGUUUUGUUGGCAUUGACUUGCGGGCACUGACCUUCAAGCAUGUGUGUCACCUAGCCUACAUGAUGUUCUCUACAGGUCCCUUCUUGUAUGCCAUGGGAGAUGAGUUCCUGAAGCAGUGUCUUUUAGUUCUUUGAAGCCCACUAUUUGCGCUCACUAUUUGCGCCAAACCUUAUGGGCAUGGCCUUUUUUCUGGCCACAUGAUGGCCCGAGGCCUUGACUCAUGGUCCAGAUGCAAGGCUCUGUUGGGCAUGUGUGCUUAUGAAAGCAUAAUAGACUACUCCUUUUCAUUUUUCUGUGUUCUGUGCCUCGUGGCAUGUUUGCGUAUGAAUAAGCCUGGUUGGGUACAGUACAGCAUUCCUUCAAACAGAGGUUUGUGAUCACUGCAACUCUCCCUCCGCAUGCUGCUGUGUAUAUUGCUUCUGCUUUGGAUAUCUUUUCAGGACACUAAAUGAAUACAGUUGCUCAAUAGUUAUUUAGAAAAAAAAUUUUCCUCGCUGUCUUGUGUGUGUGCAAGUGGUGCUUUCACAGUGACUGUGGUAGUGAUAUUGCUGAAGCCUGUGUCCAGCUCUGACAUCUAUGAACAAUGAUUAACCGCUGCAGGCUGUGUGUGAGUAGUGUGGCAGAGAUUAAUUUUGUGCAAGCCAUCGUGAGUGUGGCGAGCUGGUACUUCUUUGUGCGUCUUUUUGAGCGUUUUGUGUCUCCUGUGAGUGACGUUCUUGCAGAAAAGCUGUGUGCACUUCAUUGCAGCUGGUUUCCCCAACUCGCAGCUCUCGUGGUCUGGAGAGCCAGUGGUCCUAAAAACUUUCAAAUCCCAACAGAAUUGUCUUACUCGCCUCUUUUAUCUGUCACCUUGUUUUCCCUGAAACCCCUUAUUUCUAUAUCUUCCACUGCCACUCAUUGUCAAAAGCUUGUCAUUUCAACACAUUCGAGUACACAAGAAACGACAGCCACACGUGCUGUUGACAAGAUUCGCCAUGUUAGUUCUUUAGGGAUUUCAGAAGUUGUAAAUACCAUAUUUCACUAAACUCUGCAAGUUUUGGGGAAAGUGGAGAUGCAUUGCAUAGUAAAUCUCACUAGGAAACAGAAGUGUGUGAUAUCCGAGACAGCGCAUAGUAGAAAAUAAAGUUUCUGCAUUUUUAUGGGGAUAAGACUCUUCAAUAGCAAACUUUUGUAAUCCACACUUAGAAAUUGUGGAAGUGCAAGAAUAUGGCACAAUUGAAGCAGUUGCAAGAAUAUGGCUCAAUUGAAGCAGUUGAACCAUUUUUGGCAAAGGUCACAUGGUCUUCCUGGGGAAAAUGUUCGUUUAAGCAAUUGUGUUGAAGCUUUUGGCCUAAUGUUUACUGCUGUAUCGUUGCUCAUUGUUGAUUCAUAAGUUACACAGCUGUCACAUUACACAGCUGUCAUUGCAAACUGAAAUGCCACCAGAUAAGCCGAAAAACAAUUCGCCAUCCCUUGUCAUUCCAGCUGCAUUAAAAAACAUUUGUACCAGCUAUGCACUUCACAACGGAGCACACUUUUUUGUUCCAAUCUUAUUUGCAUUCCCACCCUACACCCACAUAAUCAAAAAGACAUGCCAAAUGAUCCUGCGAGUGUUCUCCACUUGCUAUGUAACAGGGGUGCAUCUAAACUCACAGAAUGCAUUCCAAGCAGAAUGCAUUCUAUGCUACCAGCUGCUCAAGCAGCAUCACGAGUUGGAAAGAUAUUACAAGAGACACAUUCUGUUCAUUUGAUGGUUUGAAGGGUUCAUCAAGGUCACUCGGAGGUCGUGUGGUUUUAGGGCAGGGUGAUAUGUCGUGAGUUCUGUAUGUUUGUUUAUUUGUACCCCAGCCAGAGUUCAAAGACUCGGGGUGCUUUGAGCGUGCUUCUGAAGGUGUGGCUUUAAGCGAGAUUCACUGGCUUCUGUGCACGGGUCCUGUUUCUAGAGCAGAUCGCGAAUUUGUAAGAGUGGUGGCACCUGCGAAUGACUAUGGCUCGAAGUAGUUUUAAUUUAUGUUGUGUGCAUGUGAGAGCUGUUUUUGUGCCCGCUUAGUAGGAGUGAAUGUGUAGGUGAUGUGCGUUGAAAAAGAAAUAAAACAACAAACUUAUACUUUCAGGUUGA